CUCUGCUGCAACCCAACCCACAACAUGAGCCAGUGAGCUCUUGUUUCACACUUGAAAUCUUUCUUGUUAUAUUGGUCACUGUGGACUCAAUAGGGAGUCCACUUCACAGGCUGCGGUCUUGGGUCUCUUUUUGGGUCCCCUCUGGUUCUGCAAAAUGCCAACCCUCCUUUCUCACAAGAGGUGUACAAAUGAGGGUGAAGAGCAAAUGCUGCUGGCCGAAGAUCGACCAGAUUUGAUUGAGUCUCUUGAUCCCAGGUGUGACAGCGGUGACAACAACCGAAGUUGCUUAAGAAACAUUAAUUUUCAAGAGAAGGAAAGAGAAUACCUGUCGGUUCCUGAAAGUUUGGAUUAUUUGCCUUCACACAGUAAGAUUUAUAAGAAAUGGCUGCAAGGACAAAGCUACAGAUUGGACUGGGAUCGAUGGUUGGUGAUGGGCCUCAUUGGAAUAGUAGUAGGAAUCAUGGGUUUCCUAAUCCAUCAAAUAAUUGAUUAUCUCAUCCAGCUGAAAUGGGAACUGGUAGAAAAUUAUAUUCAGAAGAACAACUUUCACAUGACCUGGAUCUGCAUAUUUGGAAUUGGACUUCUUAUGAUCAUUGUAUCAUCCGGAUUGGUAGUGUUCUUUUGUCCAGCUGGCGCACCAAGUGGAUUACCAGAAGUCAUUGGUUUUCUGAAUGGGGCAUCGAUUCCACAUGUUUUUAAUAUCAGGACUUUUCUGGGAACAUUUGGCUCUUGUGUUCUAGCUGUAGCAUCUGGACUCUUCUGUGGACCAGAAGGUCCUAUGAUUCAUUUGGGAGCAGUAAUUGGUUAUGGAUUGAGCCAGUUUGAGCCAAAGAUCCUUGGAAUAAAUCCUCUGUCCUUUACAAGAUUUUGGAACACAGCAGACAAGAGGAAUUUUGUUACAGCUGGUGCAGGAGCUGGGAUUGCAUCUGUUUUUCAUGCUCCAGUGGGAGGCCUUCUGUUUACACUAGAGGAGGUGGCAUCUUUCUGGGAUAUCAAACUGGCCUGGCAAACGUUCUUCUGCUGCUUGAUGGCUGCCUUCACUACAGAUUUACUCUCUUCUUCUUUCUCUGGGUUUGUCUACCGAGGUCAAUUUGGAUUUUUCAAAGCAGAGAAAAGGAUUUUGUUUUGGGUGAAGAAUUUACUGGAUAUGAGCAUCUUGGCCUUCAUUCCAGCCAUUUUCAUUGGAGUACUUGGGGGCCUUUUAGGAGCGCUCUUUGUUUUCUUGAAUAUAAAGAUUAAUAAAUUUCGCAUGUGGUUCUUCAAACGAAUUCCAAAAACAUCCUUGAGAAGAGUAACAAAGCUCUUAGAAACCGUGCUAGUCCUUGUCUUGACCCUUACUGCUACCGUCUACUUGCCCUAUUUCUUUCACUGUACUCCAGUUAAGAACUUGCCAACAUUUGAUCUACCCAGUAAGUUGCAAAAUACAAGCCAAGUUAGGUGGCAAGCUUCACAGUAUAAUUGUCCGCCAGCAACAUUACAGAAUGGGACAGAUUUCAACCAAACCUUUAAUGAAGCUGCUGCUCUCUUGGCUGAGAAUGGUAUGAGAGGUAUCACAUACUUAUUCAGGCGUGGGACUCACAACGAGUUUGGAUACGCUUCUCUUUUUACAGCAUUAGUAUUCUACUUCUUGUUGUCCUGCCUGACUGCAGGAUCUGCUGUUGCAAGUGGUUUGGUUAUACCCAUGCUCUAUACGGGAGCAUUAUUUGGCAGGAUUAUCGGCCUGAUAUUGGUUUCCACUUUUGGGGUUCGGACUGAUGAAAGUGGGGCAUGGAUUGAUCCAGGGCUCUUUGCUGCAGUUGGAGCUGCUUCUUUCUUCAGUGGUGUCUCCAGGCUCACCAUCUCAUUGACGGUUAUCAUGGUAGAGCUCACAAAUGAUGUACAGUCUUUGCUACUCAUCAUGCUGGCCGUCAUGUUAGCUAAAAUGGUUGGCGACUGGUUCAACACAUCCCUAUACAGUUCUUUACUGAAGCUGAAAUGCAUCCCCUAUUUAGAUGCUGAGCCAUUUGUUGGCCACAGGAAAAACUGGUUAAACCUGGAGUUGUUUGCUGCCAGAGAUGUCAUGAAGCGUCACGUCAGGGUUCUCCGCUUAAAGGAAAACGUUGCUUUCUUGGCUCAGCUCCUGGCCGACACCAACCAUAGUGGAUUCCCUGUGGUUUGCAAAUCUAAGGCAGAUCAGACAGAGGUGUUCCUGGGAACAAUUACAAGGCUUGAGCUCUGUAUGCUCCUCGAAAAUGAAGACAUCUUUGAAAUGGAUUCUGAGGAAAACUCUGAACCCUGUUCACUUCUUUCUUAUCAGAAGAUCAGAGCUGAAAAACUGCACGAUCAGCAACGGUUGGCCAUUAUGCUGGAUUGCUAUAGUACAGACCCUCUGUAUCAGCAGCUCUUCAUCAAUCUGGAGCCAUACAUAAACAAAUCAGCCAUGUCAAUUCAAGCUCAUUUCUCUCUGCAGCGUUCGUAUAUCAUUUUCCGGUCUCUGGGCCUUCGUCACUUGACUGUUGUGGAUUUACAGAAUCAGGUUGUUGGCAUAAUCACCAGAAAAGAUCUGAUAUCAUUCCAGCUGGAAGAGAAAUUGGGACUUCAGGAGUCAUUGCAGCAGCCUCAUUCUGAUGAUGAGCUUUUAGACUAACAAGCAAUUGGACUGGGGAAUACUUAGUUUCUGAAGUCUUGUGUUAGGUUAUUAUAAGAAGCUAUUAGAUGGAGGAAUAGAGGAUCGAGUCUUUGGAUUCAUACAGCUGAGUUUCUGCUAUACAGUUUUCCCACAUUCCAGUUAUACAAGUGUAUAAUUGGUGUGUAGUAGGAGCAAGGGUGGUCGGUGAAUCUAUUAUUUAAGGUGUUUGAAGUCAACCCUCAGUUUUAAGUCCACAUAUAGUCUGCAUCAAGCAUACUCAAACUCCGGCCCUACAGUUUUAUUGGGCCUCCAACUCCCAGAAUUCCUGACCACUGAACAAAUUGGCUAGGGGUUCUGGGAACUGGAGGCCCAAACAGCUGGAGGGCUGGAGUUUGAGGGUGCUUGGUCUGGAUUAAUCAAGUUCUCUCUCUGUUGAAUAUCUUUUGGAAAUAAGCUACUGUACUACAUGAUUCCUGCACAACCCAGAGGAAUAGGUGUAAAACCUGAAGUGGAAUUGCUGUUUGCAUAGCAACAGAUCUACUGUAUAUCCCAGAUCUAAAGACACUGGAGAGAAAGAAAAUGUCAUAGCACCCCAGGGUGGAAGGACACCCCCCACAAAUGAAUUGUUUUUACUUCAGGAAACCAGUCAGGUAUAUCAUUUGAAUAUUUUUUUCAUAGGGGAUUACAUGACUUCCUGUUUAAACGUUAUAAAAUCUAGGUUUGAAAACGAAAAAGUCUGUUUUCAUACAGCAAAUCUACAUCACACAUCAUGACCACAACAUACAAAUCUUCCUCUGGAAGCAGAGGAAAAUGGCAACCUUUUUCAACCACUGGGGUGGAAACGGAUUCUUCGAAGUCAUUGCUGGGUUUGCCUUCAUUUAUUCGGGCAAUUUUUUCUCCAGAAAGUUAGGAACUCAUUUCAUGGUGGUGGUGCCAGCCAGAUAAUUUUGUUCUUAGUACCUUCAUGUUAUUGGCAUUUUCCCCUGAGAUAAAUGGAGUCAGCCUGUAGCACUGUUGGGCAACAUUUAUGACAGGAACCUUUUCUAUUUUACUAGUAAAUAAAAAUUGAAUAGGAAUUAUUGCUCACAUCCCAGUGUAUAAAGGCACACAUUUAUUUAGCGGUUUCUUUGCAUGUAUUGUUAUGUGAAUAUGUGAUUCAUCUUAUGAAUAAUUUUACUAGAGUUUAUGCAAGCAAAGUAAUAAAGAAAAUUCCUCAUGAA